AUGUUACAAACCGUGUGGAAAAAAUUCACAAAGUCUCAUCUCCGUCUCAGUGGUCUUACGUCUCAACUGACAAAAAUCCAGCUGAUGUUGCAACAAGAUAUUCACAUACAGCAAUUACUACGUCUCUACAGCGCUGGAUCUCAAUGGUUGAAAACUGGACCUCAAUGGUUGAAAAAUUCUUCGGAUAUGAUCAAAACUGUCUAUCGUCUCAUCAAUCUUGAAACUGACAAAGAAAUCCGCCAAAAUGUUAUUUCUAGCAAAACUCAAAUUACAACUGAGAUCGUCUUUGACUCCCGUCGUUUUGCUAGAUUCUCGACCUGGAAAAAUCUCGUUGUGGCUUUUAAGACUUUGAAACGUUUUGUCAGAGAUACAUUUCAAGUGACCAGUAAAAGUGAAGACGAACCAGAUAUCUACAGAGAAACUGAAAUGUUCAUCAUUAAACAAAUUCAACAGGAGUCGUACACUAAGGAAAUAGAAAACCUGAAUAGUGGCCAACCAAUUCCCAGAAACAGCAAAGUGUCACGACUUGACCCAUUCCUUGAUUCAUUCGGAGUUCUGCGUGUUGGAGGGAGACUUAAACUAAGUCCUGAAUUAUCUCUGGGAGAGAAGAACCCAAUCCUCAUUCCAAAUCAAAACUACAUUGCAAAACUCCUCGUACUCCACUUCCAUGAAGUUAUUCGUCAUCAAGGACGCCAUCUAACCACCGGGGCCAUCAGAGCAGCAGGAUAUUGGAUAACGGGCUGUAAAAGACUUGUAUAUUCCAUUCUAUCCAAUUGUGUAAAGUGUCGUCGACUUCGUGGUAGCCUUGCUUCACAAAGGAUGGCAGACCUACCUGAGGAACGACUUACCCCUUGUCCUCCAUUUACCUACGUUGGUGUCGACUGUUUUGGACCUUGGGAUGUUGUCACGCGUCGAACACGUGGUGGUUCUGCGAACUCUAAACGAUGGGCCGUAUUGUUUGAGUGUUUAUCAUGUCGUGGUGUCCACAUAGAAGUAAUUGAGGAGAUGACUACUUCGUCAUUCAUCAACGCCUUACGUCGCUUUACAUCUAUUAGAGGAAAAAUGAAAGAGUUUUAUUCAGACAGAGGGACAAAUUUCAUUGGUGGAACUCGUGAACUUGGAAUAAACGCUGUUUUUGUAGAAGACCCCUCGAUAAAAUCCUUCUUACAGUUGCAAGGAGCAGUUUGGAAAUUUAACACUCCGUUCUCUUCUCACAUGGGAGGCGCUUGGGAGCGCUUAAUUGGUGUAAUCAGACGAAUCAUUGAUUCAAUCUUACUGGAUUCUAAGCACACAAGAAUUACCCAUGAAGUCCUUAGCACGUUUAUGGCUGAAGCGACAGCGAUAGUCAACGCCCGUCCACUGGUACCUGUAUCCACCGACCCUGAAGCACCUUGCGUUUUGUCUCCAGCUGUUUUACUUACUCAAAAAACCGUUGAUUCAAACGAGGAUUUUAAAAAUCUCAGUGUCAGCGAAGUUUAUAACAUUCAAUGGAAAUUUGUUCAGUCUCUAGCGGAGACAUUUUGGUGUCGUUGGAAAAAUGAAUACCUGCAGAGUCUACAAGUGCGACGAAAAUGGAAAUACACUCGAGAUAACAUCCAAGUUGGUGAUGUCGUUCUUUUGAAGGACAGUGAUGCACAUCGUAACCAAUGGCCGACAGGACUUGUUGAAAGAGUGUUUCCUAGCAAAGAUGGACUUGUGCGCAAACUUGAAGUUCGUGUUAUCAAAGAUGGACAGUCGCGUAUAUAUGUGCGUCCAAUUUCUGAAAUUAUAUUUUUGUGUCAUUCCAUUUAA